AUGACUUCAAACCUAUUUAGUAUAGAUUUUUCUCAGAGUCGUCCCCACAAGUGCCCACAUUGUCCGGCGAGCUACGCGCGCACAUCCGGUCUCAGUUCGCACUUGCUCAGCCACAGCGUACAGAAGCUUCAUCGGUGUCCAUUGUGCGGAAAGGAAUUCAAGCGGUUCUCGGAGUGCAAACAGCAUGUCAACUUUUUCCACCACAAGCUGAAGCCAUUUCCGUGCUUCUUUUGUCCAAGGCAGUACCCGCGAAAAGACUAUCGCAAACGGCACAUGGUUAGUGCGCACGCGGAGGAGCUUCGUAAUAAUCCGCUUCCGCCGGUGGAGCUUUUCGGUAACCCCCGAUGGAACGAACUCAAGGCGAACGCGGUUCCUCCGGUGCAAACGUUAAGUUCAACAUAA